UUUCUUUCCGGCAUCUUGACUCUGUAGCAACAUGCCUCCAAAGGACGACAAGAAAAAGAAGGAUUCGGGAAAGUCCAAGAAAGACAAGGACCCGGUUAACAAAUCCGGAGGCAAAGCCAAGAAGAAGAAGUGGUCCAAAGGGAAGGUGAGGGACAAGCUCAACAACCUGGUCCUCUUCGACAAGGCCACUUAUGACAAGCUGUACAAGGAAGUGCCCAACUACAAACUCAUCACACCAGCUGUUGUGUCUGAGAGGCUAAAGAUCCGAGGUUCGCUGGCCAGGGCUGCUCUUCAGGAGCUCCUUGGCAAAGGCAUGAUCAAGCUGGUCUCCAAGCACAGGGCACAGGUGAUCUACACACGAAACACCAAGGGUGGAGACGAGGCAGUGACAGAGAAGGAGGCAUAAACAGGUCAUACUGUUGUAUUUCCGGUGAAGAUCAGAGGGGAGUGAACGAUGUAAUGCAAAUAAACAAAAGAAAAAUCA